CAGCCUCUUCCAACUUUUAAAACCCUUCUGACUGCCUCCCAGCACGCAACCAACAAAAAAACAACUGUGACAGAGAGACUGCAUCAAAAGGCAACAACAUAGUGUAGGAGCAUUGACUGAUCAACUCCUGGACAAGAGACCAUGGCAAAGAAGGUGGCAGUGAUUGGAGCUGGGGUCAGUGGCCUGAUCUCUCUGAAGUGCUGUGUGGAUGAAGGACUUGAGCCCACUUGCUUUGAGAGGACUGAAGAUAUCGGAGGACUGUGGCGGUUCACAGAAAAUGUUGAAGAUGGCCAAGCGAGCAUCUAUCAAUCUGUCAUCACCAACACCAGCAAAGAAAUGUCCUGUUUCAGUGACUUUCCAAUGCCUGAAGAUUUUCCAAACUUCCUGCAUAAUUCUAAGCUCCUGGAAUAUUUCAGGAUUUUUGCCCAAAACUUUGAUCUUCUAAAAUAUAUUCAAUUCCAGACAACUGUCCUCAGUGUGAAAAAACGCUCUGACUUCGCGUCCUCUGGCCAAUGGGAGGUUGUCACCGAGACCAAAGGCCGGGAGCAAAGGGCUGUCUUCGACGCAGUUAUGGUUUGCAGUGGCCAUCACAUCGUCCCUCAUAUCCCACUGGAAGCAUUUCCAGGUAUGGAGAAGUUCAAAGGCCAGUAUUUCCAUAGCCGCCAAUACAAGCACCCAGAGGGAUUUGAGGGGAAACACAUCCUGGUGAUUGGAUUAGGAAACUCUGCGUCAGAUAUUGCAGUGGAGCUGAGUAAGAAGGCUGCUCAGGUAUUUAUGAGCACCAGACAUGGUUCCUGGGUCAUGAGCCGUAUCUCUGAAUGUGGCUAUCCCUGGGACAUAGUGUGGCACACCCGGUUUAGGUCCAUGCUCCAAAGGGUCCUGCCACGAACACUUCAAAAGUGGAUGAUGGAACGACAGAUGAACCAGUGGUUCGACCAUGAAAAUUAUGGCCUUGAGCCUCAAAACAGAUAUCUUAUGAAAGAGCCGGUAGUAAAUGACGAUCUUCCAAGCCGUAUACUCUGUGGAGCCAUCAAGGUGAAAUCCAGAGUGACAGAGCUCACAGAAACUGCUGCCAUCUUUGAGGAUGGGACGGUGGAGGAGGACAUGGAUGCCAUUGUCUUUGCAACAGGAUACACGUCCUCUUUUCCUUUCCUUGAAGAUUCACUUGUUAAAGUAGAGGAUAACAUGGUCUCACUGUAUAAGUAUGUGUUCCCUCCUCAGCUGGAGAAGUCAACCCUUGCCUGCAUUGGUCUCAUCCAGCCCCUCGGUUCCAUUUUCCCAACUGUUGAACUUCAAGCCCGUUGGGUGACGAGAGUUUUCAAAGGCGUGUGCACCUUGCCCUCAGAGAGGACUAUGAUGGCAGACAUCAGCAAGAGGAACAAAAAAAGGAUUGACUUGUUUGGCGAGAGCAAGAGCCAGAUGUUGCAGACCCAUUACAUCGAUUACUUGGACGAGCUCGCCUUAGAGAUAGGUGCCAAGCCGGACCUCCUCGCUCUAGUGUUAAAAGAUCCUCAACUGGCUGUGAAACUCUACUUUGGACCCUGCAACUCCUAUCAGUAUCGUCUGGCGGGGCCUGGGCAAUGGGAAGGAGCCAGGAGUGCCAUCCUUACCCAGAAACAAAGGAUGCUAAAGCCGUUAAAGACACGCACUGUAAAAUCUUCUCUUCAUUUCCCAGUUUCCUUCCUGUUAAAAAUCCUGGGGCUUCUUGCUGCCGUUGUGGCCUUUUUUUCCCAACUUCAGUGGUUCUAAUCUGUCGGUCUAACGCUUUUGCCUUUAUUGUCAGUCAGUACCUCUUCAAGCAAAAAAAAAAAAAAAAAAAAAAAAA